CCCUUUCCUCCCAGAGGACACAGAUAAAGCCAAUUUCUGACUCAUGGGGCAACGGGCGCCGCAUAUGCUUACUUCUUGCAAAGCGAGCAUUUUAAAACUGAGGGGUCUGAUCGACGAAGUCCGCGCGCACGUUGGGUGCCCUUUCCAAUCCUCCGCUCUCCAUCGUCCCUCCCUGACCAAUUCAAACCCCGAUCAAAGUCAUAAUCCUAACCCUUGCUCCAUUCAGAAGAAGUCGGAGUUCUUCUGUGUUGCUCUUGGAAAUGGCAUCGGCGACCUACGAUCCAGAGCUGCCCAUGGUUCAUCGAAAAGACGUAAGGGUAACGGAGAGGGAAAUAGACAGCGCAGGGGAGCCUUUAAUUAAUGGUGAUAGAUCUUGUGAGAGCUAUUCUGUACGUGCAGCAAUCCUUCCGUUUUUAUUCCCAGCUUUAGGAGGAGCACUUUAUGGUUAUGACAUUGGUGCCACAUCUGGUGCUACAAUCUCUGUGGAGUCAUCCACAUUAAGCGGGACAACAUGGUACAACUUAUCCUCAUUGGAAAUCGGGCUUGUGGUCAGUGGUUCACUCUAUGGUGCCUUGAUCGGUUCUGUUUUGGCAUUUGCUAUAGCUGAUUUUUUAGGACGACGAAGGGAGUUAAUUCUCUCUUCUGUUCUAUAUUUUGUCGGAGCUCUACUAACAGCAUUGGCUCCUGACUUCCCUGUUAUGAUGGUUGGACGCUUUGUCUAUGGUAUAGGAAUUGGAUUGGCUAUGCAUGCUGCUCCAAUGUAUAUUGCGGAGACUGCUCCAAGUCAUAUUCGAGGUGUGCUUAUCUCCUUGAAGGAGUUCUUUAUAGUUGUUGGAAUGCUUUUUGGUUACAUAGCUGGCAGUCUAUUUGUUGAUUUGGUAGCUGGAUGGCGCUAUAUGUAUGCUACUAGUGCCCCAGUAUCUUUGAUAAUGGGAAUUGGAAUCUGGUGGCUGCCACCAUCACCUCGAUGGCUGCUUUUGUGCGCUAUACAGGGCAAAAGAAACAUGUUAGAUGCUAAAGAAUUUGCUGUUUGCUGCUUGUGUCGUUUGAGGGGUCAAGCUAUUGAUAGUUCAGCUUCAGAACAAGUUGAUUCAAUUCUGGAUGAACUUUCUUAUGCUGAUCAAGAGAAGCAAGUAACAAUAAGUGAGAUUUUUAAGGGAAAAUGCCUGAAAGCCUUAAUAAUUGGUGCUGGAUUGGUCUUCUUUCAGCAGGUCACAGGGCAACCAAGUGUCUUGUACUAUGCUGCAACAAUCCUUCAGACUGCAGGGUUUUCUGCAGCAUCUGAUGCUACUCGUGUCUCAGUUUUACUUGGUUUACUGAAGCUAGUUAUGACGGGGAUUGCUGUUCUUGUGGUAGACAGAGUUGGCAGAAGGCCGUUACUGAUUGGAGGUGUUAGUGGGAUAGUAAUCUCUUUGUUCUUACUAUCUUCAUAUUACACCUUAUUAAAGGAUUCACCAUUCGUAGCCGUAAUUGCAUUGCUGCUAUAUGUUGGUUGCUAUCAGUUGUCAUUUGGUCCAAUCGGUUGGCUGAUGAUUUCAGAGGUUUUCCCUUUACGGCUAAGAGGGCGUGGAUUAAGUAUAGCAGUGCUUGUAAACUUUGCUUCAAAUGCACUGGUGACUUUUGCUUUCUCACCAUUGGAGGCUUUGGUAGGAACUGGUAUCCUCUUUGCUGGUUUUGGGGUUAUUGCAGUAGCCUCUCUUCUGUUCAUAUUCUUUGUCGUACCAGAAACAAAAGGGCUCACUCUGGAGGAAAUUGAGGCCAAGAUCUUAUAGAGAUCUCUCAUUCAUGCCAUCUUAAUAAUCUUCAACUGAGGGCUUUGGACGGACAGAAUCCUAUCCUCUAAAGAGUUAAAUGUCUCUUUUGCAGGGUAUCACAUCCCUUUGCCGAGAACUUGUAUGUAAAAUGACUAUAUGUAUGUAUUCGGGCUACUUCUGUGUAUUAAUCAACAAUAUCUUAAGUAUCAUCAACUACAGCUUGGAUACAUCUAAUCAGUACAGUCACAACUUGCAUUUAUAUGUUCAUGGUAUUGUCACAAACUACAACA